CUCCCCAUCAUCUUGGGCAACGAUGUCUUCAGGUCGCUUCUUUGAGAAUGCAUCCUAUAUCAAACUUCAUGGAGGCCAGUCAUUUGCAAAUGCAAAUAACAUCAUCAACAAUUACAACUGUCCAACACGCGCAGAACUUGAACCUGCCAGUGGAUCAUCGAGCUGUCGGAGGGACGACGGCCAAUGGCUUACUCUCAAGCGUGGCGGACAACGGCUCAGAUGGAUAGACAUGUGUGAUAUGCUCACCCUGCGCGAGGUGUCUUCGGAGACACUUUGUGUGUCGGUCAAACUGAAGUCCACAAACCCAUUCCGAAACAGAGUAAAAAAUGUUGUAAAAAUCCAGAAAAGGAUCCAAAGCGCGGAAUUUUUUCCUGGGUUUGGAGAUCGACGGUUUACGGUUGUUUCGCUUGAGCCUGAGAAUUCGGAGGGAGACCUCGAGAAGAUACAGAGGGUACUGGAGCCACUUUAUGAAGCUGCUCUGUCACGACACCGAGUUGGGGUUACACAACUGUUUGGAGUCGGUAGGUCAACGAUUCCAACGCUGAUAUACCAUGAUGAGGUUGUCAAUGUGAACACUCUUAUAAGGCAAUACUCGAACUCACUGAUUGUACGGUUGUACCUGGCCUACAGACUCCUUCAUUCAAUUUACGACGUGCUAGAUGAUGAGGCUCCGAAGCCAAUUUCACUUUCGAACGAAAUGCGCGAGUGGACGUUCAAUCUGAGGACUGGUUCAUUCCAGUAUGAUGUCAUAACCAGGACACUCUCUGGUGAAGACAGUCUUGUAGUGCGCUACUUUGAUCAACUGCUCCCAUUCCCACGUGACUGCAAUCCACCGCUCGAUUCCAACGAGAUCAUCCGCGCUUUUCCAGACAUCUUGCAUAUUGUUUCAUCAUUUGGAGGUCGCAUCAAGGCAGCCAAAUGUAUCUGCCAUGACCUUGUAAUCUUUGGCAUUGUUAUAGAUUGCACAACACGCAGAAUCCUCGGGUACUUUCCUUCUGUCUCAUCUCCUGUGUGGUCCUGUAAACAUUCUGUUGGUAUUCCCAACAUUGUUGCCAAUUAUUCAAAUUCAGUCCCUUCACUUGUUGAUCUCGCUUUCAUGAAGGAAAACAACAUAUGGCAAAUGGAUCUUCGAUUCUCAUUGAGCCUACCACCAGAAGAUCGCCAACAACUGCGGACUGCAUACCUUGUGCAGUCAUUCCCUUUCUACAACAACCAUAAGGACUCCAGACACUUGGUCUGCAUUGAUGAAUUUCGCGUCUAUCUGACUGCGACCUUCACGUGUGAUCUGUCAACUUGUGAUCCACCAAAGUAUCUGCAUGUCCCACCUCUAUCUCCCGUCUGGAUCAACAACAUGCCCUGUGUUUAUGAUCCAUUGAAUACUCAAUUUUUUUACUGGUCUUUUGACCGAAGUGGGAAGACGGCAAUUCCAAAAGACGACUGGGCAAAGUAUGGGAUUCCGGAGCUGAAAGUACACACAGAUAUUGGGUCGUGCUGGAGCGAAAGGCCAUAUACUGCAGUUCAGGAAUAUCUUCGCUCCAAGAACUAUGAUUUUCAGAGUGGCCAACGGUUUGCCAAUGAUCAUGGUUAUCCGAUUCUAGUCAAAGGCAACCCUCACAUUCGGGCUGAAAAACAUCUGAAAUCAAAACUACAAAAAACGGCAACGCUUUUUCCUGACCCAAAUUCAUCCGGAAAAAAAGGAAAGGGCAAAGAAAAAGCCCGUGGACCAAAUUCGCAAGUUGAUACCCAAGCUGGCCGUGUCGGACAACCAUCCAUAGUCGAGAUUCCAGAUUGAAUGUACAUACUUACGUGUUACUCCCUCCUGCUCAGGGCUGCUGGUGAAAUAGGUCACGGUCAGUUUGUAAAAUACGUUAGAAUAAACCGCUUGCAGCGUUAUACCAGUGAGCUAUAACGAGUCUGAUAAAUAAGUGCCUAGACAUUCGGGACGUAGCACGAUCACCGUAUCCGCACUUGCCUCGAGGAUUUUGACCCUCCCUUCGUUGUGGCCUCUGCUCCUGCGUCUAUUUCUUCCGAUGACCUUCCGAUACCCCUCCAAUUGCCAAUUUUCAAGCCGUCAAUGACGUGUGAAUAUAUUCUUUGACUGCGCUUUUCAAGGAGCC